GAAUCUCAUAAAAUUGGGCUUUGAACUCAGUAAGCAACUAAGCCCGGUUUAGGUUCUGUAGACUGAUCUUCAUUUUGUGGAAGAGGAAAGAAAAAAACCGUUUCAUUCCGUGACGGUUGUGAAAAUGGCAGAGAAAGAAUCAGAAUCAGAAUCAGAAUCGAUGAAAUUAGGUUCAGAAGAGCUUUCGAGCGAGUUUAAAACUCUCGUUAGUUCCGAUGAUCUUCGUUCCCUUAACCAUUUACAACACACUAUAUUGGGAAGGUUGCAGGAUAGUAAUGCAGUUUUAUCACAUUUCAAUGAUUUCUCUCAACAUUGUUUUACUCAGAUUUCUCCUGAUAUGGCUAGAAACACACGUGUCUUGAAGUCUAUCAAAUCUGAUCUUGAUUAUAUUUUUCUUAAACUUAGGGGAAGAACACAAAGGAUAUGGAUGUUUUUGAACAUUAUGUUGGUGAAGUUAUCAUUGGUGAUAACAGUUAAGGAUUGACAUCAGGGGUGAUAACAAGAGCAUCUGUUGCUAGAGAAGCAAAUGAUCACUAGAAGCCAAGCAAAAUGUUGAAGAUGAAGUUGUCUUUGGUGAUUAAACAGUGAAGGAGUUUCAUUACGAUAACUAGGGCAUUUGGUGGUAGAGAAACAAGUGAACACUAGAAACCAACCCAAAUGGUAAAGUUGUCUUUGGUGGUGUUGAAAGUGAAGCAUUUACAAUUGGAUAAUAACAAGGCGAUAUGGUGUUAGAGAAGCAUCUAAACGCUAGAAGUCAAGUAUAGAACUGAAUCUUAGACAUUGAUUCCUUAGGUGACUUGAACUGAUUUCUAGUUUUACUAAUGUAACCUAGAUGGUUUGUUUAUUAGGGCCAUCUUACCCGUUUUGGUUAGGUACAAUGGUUGAUAAACAUACAGAGCUAAUUUUAUCAUGGAGUGAGGGAGCAGAUGAACAGUAGAAGAAAAAGGGUUAGGAGAGUAAAGCUAAUUUAGCACACUGCAAUGACAUAACCUUCUAUUUCUAUAUAUGUUAGCUUAUUUGCAUGUUUCUA